UCGGACCCCGCCCGCGCUCCCCCGAAGGCGCGGGUUGGGGGGCGGGGGAGCCCAGGAGCGGCGCGGCUCUGCCACCGGCUGACGCACCGUCGGAAAGUUGCGCUCGGACCUUCUCCCACCUCGUACUUUCUUCCCGGGGCGCCUCUGUAGAGUUGGAGCUGGGGGGGGAGGACCCGGGCCGAGGCGUGAGCAGAGCGGACUGUCCCGGUCUCGGCGAGGAGCCCGCUCCCCCUUACUCGCGGUGCCCAGCGCGGUGGUGGCACAAACUUUCUGGACUGUCCCCGGACAGUCCUGGCGAGUCCCGCUCCGGGCCGGGAGGAGGAGGCGCGACCGCUGACAGAUUUUGGAAGUCUUCUUCUGGGAGUUGCCAGCAGUGCCAAGUGUUGGAGAAAUCUUUUCUGCCCCUCUGAUAGAGUGAAGUGAGCAAACGCAACCUAGCAGAAGGCUGGUGAAGAGAACACUCACAGGUUUCGAAGGUGACAAUGAAAUGUGAAGAAGUUACAUUUCUACUGUGAUACUUGAAAGUUAGUGACUGCUUACCAAAUUUUCAUGAAAAUUAAAUAUGACUUAGAAGCAUUUGGUUUAUGAAGGCUUAUGAUGUCAUCGGUUGCGACAGAAGGCAAACUCCGGCAGGCUGUGAGCUUGCAGGGAGUUGACCCAGAAACAUGCAUGAUUGUAUUUAAAAACCACUGGGCGCAGGUUGUGAAAAUCUUAGAGAAGCAUGACCCCUUGAAGAACACCCAGGCAAAAUAUGGGGUCAUCCCUCCAGAUGAGGCCAGUGCUGUGCAGAACUAUGUAGAACACAUGCUCUUUUUGCUGAUUGAAGAGCAAGCCAGGGAUGCUGCCAUGGGGCCAAUCCUGGAAUUUGUGGUCUCUGAGAACAUCAUGGAGAAACUCUUCCUUUGGAGUCUGAGACGGGAAUUUACUGAUGAGACUAAAAUGGAGCAGCUAAAGAUGUAUGAGAUGUUGAUCACCCAGUCCCACCAGCCUCUGCUGCACCACAAGCCCAUCCUGAAGCCCCUGAUGAUGUUGCUGAGCUCUUGUUCAGGAACAACCACCCCCACUGUGGAGGGGAAGCUGGUGGUCCUGCUCAAUCAGCUCUGUUCCAUUCUUGCCAAAGAUCCAUCCAUCCUGGAACUCUUCUUCCACACUAGCGAGGACCAAGGGGCUGCCAACUUCCUCAUCUUCUCCCUUCUGAUUCCCUUCAUUCACCGGGAGGGGACUGUAGGCCAGCAGGCCCGGGAUGCUUUGCUCUUCAUCAUGUCUCUGUCUGCUGAGAACAGCAUGGUGGCCCAUCACAUCGUGGAGAACACCUACUUUUGUCCAGUGCUUGCAACCGGACUCAGUGGUCUCUACUCUUCCCUGCCUACCAAGCUGGAAGAGAAAGAUGAGGAAUGGCACUGCCUUCUGAAGGACGACUGGCUCCUGCUCCCUCCCCUGGUCCAGUUCAUGAACUCCCUUGAGUUCUGCAACGCCGUCAUUCAGGUGGCUCACCCCUUGAUUCGUAAUCAGCUUGUCAAUUAUAUUUACAAUGGAUUCUUGGUACCAGUCUUGGCUCCAGCUCUCCAUAAGGUGACUGUGGAGGAGGUCAUGACCACAACUGCGUAUCUGGACCUUUUUCUGCGUAGCAUCUCCGAGCCAGCACUACUUGAGAUCUUCCUCCGUUUUAUCCUGUUGCACCAGCAUGAGAACGUCCACAUCCUAGAUACUCUCACGAGCCGAAUCAACACCCCAUUUCGGCUUUGUGUGGUGUCCCUGGCAUUAUUUAGAACUCUCAUCGGUUUACACUGUGAAGAUGUGAUGUUACAACUAAUUCUAAGGUAUCUGAUCCCUUGCAAUCACAUGAUGCUGAGUCAGAGGUGGGCUGUGAAGGAGAGAGACUGUUACUCUGUUUCUGCGGCCAAGCUGCUCGCCCUGACCCCCGUCUGCUGCUCCAGCGGGAUCACCCUGACGCUUGGGAACCAAGAGAGGGAUUAUAUUCUCUGGUCAAAGUGCACGCAUGAUAGUCCAGGGCCCUCAGAGCAGCCGCCCACAGAGGCGUUCUCGCCGUCGGCCUGCAUCGUGGAGUACGGCAGAGCCUUGGACAUCAGCUACCUGCAGUACCUCUGGGAGGCCCACACCAACAUCCUCCGCUGCAUAAGGGAUUGCCACGUGUGGUCCGCUCUAUACGAUGGAGACUCCCCCGACCCCGAGGCGCUUUGCCCGGCUCUGCUGGGCCCGCCCGAGGAGAGGGCUCCCAGCGCCACCUGCCCUGUGCUUAGGCUCCCGCAGCAGGUCCCCGGGACGACGGGGCCCCAGCUGGCUCCCGGAAAGGAGAAGAGCCACACGGAGCUGGAGUGGGACGACAGCUACGACGCCGGGAUCUCCUCGGGGGUGGGCAGGGGCUGCCCUGGGCCGUAUGAGGAUGCAGAGAACUCGGGCCCCCCGGCCCCCGUGGAUCCUCCCAGACACAUCCAGGAGAUGAAGAAGAACGCCAUCCUGCUCUUCAAAGGGGCCUACAUCGAAGAGUCCGACUUCCAGGACGACGUGAUGGUGUACAGGUUGUGUGCUGAGAAGGAUGCUGAGGACAGCAGCGGUUCACGGGAGGACGCCGCGAGGCCCCCAACCCAAGCCCAGACCCAGGUCCAGGGUCCCCCCGUGAGCAACGGCCCCCUGCCCGGCCCUCAGCCAGAGACAGAUUCAGAGGAGGAACAUGGUAGGGACGAUUCGGAUGUGUUUCACGGUGUGUCCAAGGAACCAGGAGGAGAGAACGAGCCUGAAGUCACCCUAGAAUCAAGCCCCGAGUUAGCGGCCCCCGCCCCCGAGGCAGAGCACGGCGCACGCCUGACAGUGACUAACCCCGAGGGUGAAGAUUUCAUUGCCCAGUGUGACCAAAUCAUUAAAGAACUGGAUUCCAGCACCGAGGGCUUGAUGGAGCAGAAUUUCUCCUCACCUGAUCCCUUGCUUCUUACAAAGGAGCCGGAAGAGGAGGAAGAUGAGAGCAAAGGAGAAGAGGAGGCGGGGAAGAAGGAAGCAGAAGGGGAGGAGGAUGACUUUGACCCUUUCGUAGCUGAGGCUUCUGCCGCAGAGACCCAGCCGUCCCCGUUCGGAGCGAGAGAUGAGGCUGCCUUUGCCCGUCACCGUCCCGCGAGGACUCAGAGCACCCCGUUCACAGGCCCGUUCAUCAGUGUGGUCCUGUCCAAGCUGGAGAACAUGCUGGAGAACUCGCUGCACGUGAAUUUGCUGCUCAUCGGCAUCGUCACGCAGCUGGCCAGCUACCCGCAGCCCCUCUUGCGCUCCUUCCUGCUCAACACCAACAUGGUCUUCCAGCCCAGCGUGCGCUCCCUCUACCAGGUCCUCGCGUCUGUGAAGAACAAGAUUGAGCAGUUCGCCUCUGUGGAGACAGACUUCCCGGGCCUCCUCAUCCAAGCCCAGCAGUACCUGCUCUUCCGCGUGGACCUGUCCGACCCGAGCCCUGAGGCACCCACCAAAGUUUCAGAUCCCGUUCAGGACGCCUCCAGGACAGGGAGCGGCAGGAGUUUCCUGGAUGGCCCCCCCCGAGUGCUUCAGCCCUUCCUGACGAACAGAGCCAAGGCGGCCGGGGCGCCCCCGAGCCUGCCCCCGCCCGUGCGGGACGCCAUGCUGGCGGCCGCCCUCUUCCCCGAGUUCCUGAAGGAGCUGGCUGCCUUGGCCCAGGAACACUCCAUCCUCUGCUGCAAGAUCCCGGGCGACUCGGAUGACAGCCACUGUUAG